AAAUAAAAUGAAUGAAAAAUAUCUCAUUCUUAGCUGUGCUCUAAACCGUGGGCCAUGCACGUGUUCCACCAUUCCUCACUAACUUCAAUUCUUCUCUUUAUAUAAACCGAACCUUCCCUCACACCUUCCUUCACAUCCCAAACACAAAACCAGAAAAACACUCAUUCACUUCAGUCAGGCAUUUCAUCAAACACCUUAAUGGCGAAAGUGGGAAAACUAACGAAGAUCAAGUCAGCGAUCAAAAGGUGGCCGUCACUGAGCAAGCUGAGCCGCAACAACAGCUGCGUCUCCGCCGCCAGCUGCGACUCAAACCACGGCGCCGCGUCUUCCAAGGAACAGAACGUUGUGUACGUCGGCAGAUCGCGGAGGAGGUACCUCGUGAACUCUGAGAUCAUAGAUCACCCGGUGUUCCAGGAGCUGGUGGACAGGUCCAACAGCAACAAUAAUAGUAAUGGUGGGUGCCAUGGCGGAAUAGUUGUUUCUUGUGAGGUGGUUCUGUUUGAGCACUUGCUUUGGAUGCUUGAGAGUGCUGAGACUCAGUUGGGGUCCAUGGAUGAGCUGGUUGAGUUCUACACUUGUGCAUGCUGAGAGAAUGAGAGAGAGAGAGAGAAAACUAAGCAACAACUACUGCAUAAUUAAUUAAUUAACUGACUUUUAUUAUUAUUAUUAUUAUUAUUGUGAUGAGAGAAGAGAAGAGUCCGGGAAAAGAAAAGAGAAAAAGAGAUUUACAAUGCUGAGUUAGUUGAUUAAUUGGUUUUGCACUUUUGCUCAUUCAUCAUUGUUAUGUAUAAAUGUUAUCCAAGUGAAUAUAACAUACAAAAAUAUUUCAAAAGUGUUGCAUGUA